AUGUUAUCUCGUGUCGCAGUUCGUGCCUAUAGUUCCGCUGUUAAAGUAGUUACUCAAGAAUCUGCUUCAGAAAUUACCAAUCUUUCUGUUAUCAUCAACAAUGCUGGUUCCAAGGCUGGUAAAUCAGGUGUUUCCCAUUUAUUAUCUAAAUACACCUUUUUAAAUACCAAUGCCAAGUCAGCUUUAAGGUUUACUAGAGAAUCUGAAUUAUUAGGUGGUGUUUUCUCUUCCCAAGUUACUAGAGAUUCCUUAGUCUUAAACACUACUUUCUUAAAGGAAAACUUACCAUAUUAUGUUGAAGCUUUAGGUAAUGUUGUAGCUAAUACUUCAUUUAGACCACAUGAAUUUACUGAAGUUGUUUUACCAGUUGCUAAGACCGAAUAUCAAGCUUCUAGAGCUGACAAUGCAUUUGUUGCCUUGGAAGAAUUGCAUCAAAUUGCUUUCAGAAAGGGUUUAGGUAACCCAUUAUACUACGAUGGUUCUAGUCAAAUCACCCUUGAAGACGUACAAGCAUUCGCUGCUGAAGCUUUCCAAAAUGGUAAUGUCUCCAUUGUUGCUCAAGGUGCCAACGAAGCCGAUUUAAAUCAAUUCAUUGGUGAAUCUGCCUUCACUACUUUACCAUCCGGUUCUACUUCCGCUCCUAAAGUAUCUUUGUAUAAGGGACAAGAAUCCAGAAUCAGAGCUUCUGGUAAGUCUGUUGCCCUCAUUGGUGUUCCAGUCACUCCAGCAGAAUUCGGUAAAUACGAAGUCUUAUCUGCUGCCAUUGGUUCUUCAGCUGUCCCAAGUGCCAAUGCUCCUUUAGCUAAGAUCCCAGGUGCUUCUUCUUUCUUAUACAAAUACCAAGACGCUGGUUUAUUCGUGAUCUCCGUCACUGGUUCUGCUGCUGAAGUUGCCGCUGGUAUCAAACAAGCCAAGAAGAUUGCUGAUGCUGUUACCAAGGCUCAAUUAUCUGAAGCUACUGAGCUCGCCAAAUUAUCCAUUGCAUUACAAUCUACUUUAACCAACAAAUUAGAUAUCGAGGCUAAAGAUGAUGCAGCUCCAUUAGGUAAGUUCAACUAUGUUGCUAUUGGUGAUCUUGAUGUUUUACCAUAUGCUGAUGAAUUGUAA